AUGCUGCUUCAUCGAAUCUGUUGUGAUUCGAGCACGGUCGUGUACGCAUUCGAUGAUGACAAUGGACCCAACGGCACAGUACACUAUUUCAUUCAGUCCGGGGACCCAAACGGUUAUUUUCUUCUGGACGAGAUGAGCGGUGCAUUGACUUUGGGCAAAAGGCUACCGAACUACGCUCUGGGUGAGCACACCCUACAUUUGGAGGCCAGGGAUGGCGGUGAGCCAUCGAAAUCCGCUACAGCUCGUCUGAUCAUUGAAGUAGACGAGUCUAUUCCCAAAGGUCUCCUCGGACCGGACCUAUACGCUUCGCAUUCGAAUAGCCUGUUUGAUUCCGGGUCGGCUGGACACACAUUCAAUUUGUACAUCCUCAUUGCGAUUGUGGUCGCAUCCGCUGUGGUCUCCGCUCUGUUGCUAUUUUCCAUAUUUUUCCUGCUUCGUCGUUCGAGACGUGCCCGUUCGUGUCGUCAUGUGGCCGGCUGUGGGAACGGAACGAGAAUGACCAAAUCAAAUUCCACGGAUCCGAUUACUGACAAGUACAACAGUCCACAUUGGCCAUUGACUGGCCGCAUGACAUCACCCACAAAUCACAUGGAUGAAAGGAGACAGUUAUAUGGUGACAUGAACUAUCGGGCUUACUCUCCUCUUUUGGAUGGACCGAACUCAAUUGAUCUGACCGAUCCCGGAGGGACAUUCUGCAUGCAAGAUGCCAAUGGGAUGACCGUGGACAAACGUCAUGCAACCUUGAUCAAUCCGCAUCUGUACUCGGUCGGCAGUCUGAUCAAAUGUGAUCCACUAGAGCCAUCUCAUGUGGAGCUAUACAUUCCUUCAUCGGAACCAGCUGUGACAAGUACAACCGGUCACUAUUUGUCCGGUGAACAAGUUACAUUCUAUCGCCCGAUCACGGCACACGAAACGUCAACCCCGACACAUGGAGAUGUUCUUCAUCACUCGAAUCAAACAUUCACCCUGCCCGGUACAACAAAAUACUCAUUGGCCACGAAUGGACAAUCUGGUCAGGCGCAUUUGGACGGU